AUGAAAACGUUGAUCUGUUCUUUACUUGUGUACGUUUUGUUGGAUGCAAACGUUUCGGCAGUUUUGUUGGUGAAAGACCUCUCAUCAGGAAUUGUUGACGAGUUUGAGGAUUCGGAAGCACUUUUUGGUAGAGCAGUUUCUCAGGGGCAUUUAGUACUGGGACGAAUUUAUGCAUCCGAACCACUAGACGGCUGUGUGGACCAAAUUCCUAGACCUAAAGAUGAUCACAAUUCAACUCUUCCUUACAUCUCACUCAUCAAACGUGGGGAUUGCUCUUUUGUAGACAAGGCUUUAGCGGCCGAAAAAGGAGGAUAUAUUGCAACUGUUAUUUUCAAUGAUGUGGACGACAGUACUUUCCCAAUGGGCUAUAAUUCGUCCACAAAUGUCAGUAUUCCUGUCGUAAUGGUUGGUUUGUCUGACGGUGAGCUCCUACUAAAUAAGUACUGCGUGCCACAUUAUUUUGUUGAAAUACUACCUGCUCAUCGCCGAAGUAUCGUGUUGUAUCUUAUUCCACUCAUAACAUGUCUGCUGAUAUCUGUAGUCGCAUUGAGUGUGGCAUAUGGGAUUCGGCUUUUGAAUCGAUACCGAAGAAGAUAUCGUUAUUGCUUACCAGUAAAAGAGUUACGUAAAAUACCUGAAACUUUAUUUGUUAAAGACUCCACUGAAUUUGAUACUUGUGCAAUUUGCUUAGAAGAUUAUAAAGAUGGUGAUAAAUUGAGAGUAUUACCAUGUAGGCAUGCUUACCACAGUAAAUGUGUAGAUCCCUGGCUUUUAAAACGUCGUGGUUUUUGUCCUAUAUGUAAGAAGAAAGUUCACAAUCGUCCUAGAGUCUACGUUUCAACUUCUACAAGAUAUAGACGCGCUUCCUCAUAUGCCACUACAUCUGAAGCUCCACUUUUGGAUGAUUCGUCUUUCGAAGAAGAUUCUGAUUCAGGAGAUACUACUUCAUCACCUCAGUUAAGUUUCUACAGUGGGGACGUCCAUUCAGAUGAACAUACUCCGCUCAUUAAUGCUUCUGCUGAACAAUCAAGUGCUUCAUCACUUAGGCGAAUGAAGAUGACUACCUCAAUUCGUGAAACUUUGGAAAGCUUUCUCACAAAUGUAUCAAGUUCUUAUUCCAGAGGUCAUAAUUCAUCCGACUAUGAACAUGGAACUAAUAAUGUUAAUACAGCCGUGGAAUUACAACCUGGAUGCUCUCAGGUUGUUGCUGAAUCCCUCGUAAAAGGUAAACAGUGUAGUGAAAGUGACACUGAAUCUGGACUAAAUAAUGAAAUCAAUGAUAAUCAGUCACCUUCACUAAUGAUAACUCAUGCUGAAGUGCAUACGGAUUGUGAUUCAUCAUAUAUGCACAAAUCUCAUGCUUAA